CCGCCGAGCGGUGGGCGGGAUGUAGGGCUAAGGGAGCGCUCCCGGCGGGUCCUCUUUGGGUCCCGGCUUAGCUAGAUCGCGCCUUUACUUUUCUUUCAGGGCUGAGAUGGCGCUACUGGGCAUCAGAGUCGUGGAGCUGGCCGGCCUGGCCCCAGGUCCCUUCUGCGGGAUGGUCCUCGCCGACUUCGGGGCACAGGUGGCGCGCGUGCGCUCGCUGGUGCUCAACCUGAAGCGGCCUGAGGGCGCGGCCGUGCUGCGGCGCUUGUGUGCACGCGCGGAUGUGCUGCUGGAGCCCUUCCGUGGCGGUAUCAUGGAGAAACUUCAGCUUGGGCCAGACCUUCUGCUGCAGGAAAAUCCAAGGCUUAUCUAUGCCAGGUUGAGUGGAUUUGGCCAGUCAGGAAGCUUCUCCCAAGUAGCUGGCCAUGACAUCAACUAUCUGGCUUUGUCAGGUGUUCUGUCAAAUAUUGGCAGAUGUGGUGAGAAUCCAUAUCCUCCGCUGAAUCUGCUGGCUGACUUUGCUGGUGGUGGCCUCAUGUGCACAUUGGGCAUUCUGGUGGCUCUUGUGGAACGCAUGCGCUCUGGCAAAGGUCAAGUCAUUGAUGCAAACAUGGUGGAAGGAACAGCCUAUCUAAGUUCUUUCAUAUGGAAAACUCAAAUAAUGGGUCUGUGGAGCAACCCUCGAGGACAGAACCUUUUAGAUGGUGGGGCACCUUUCUACACAACUUACAGGACAGCAGAUGGGGAGUUCAUGGCUGUUGGAGCACUGGAACCCCAGUUCUACCAGUCGCUGAUCGAAGGACUUGGGCUGAAGUCUAAUGAACUUCCCAACCAGAUGAGCCAGGCUGAUUGGCCAGAAAUGAAGAAAAAAUUCGCAGAUGUCUUUGCCACAAAGACCAAGGCAGAGUGGUGCCAGAUCUUUGAUGGCACAGAUGCUUGCGUGACCCCCGUGCUGACGCUGGAAGAGGCUGCACACCAUCAUCACAACAGAGAAAGGGGCUCGUUCUUCACUGAUGAGGACCAGCGUGUGAGCCCUCGCCCUGCGCCUCUGCUGUUGAGCACCCCAGCCAUCCCUUCUGCCCAAAGGGACCCAUUCAUAGGAGAGCACACUGACGAGAUACUUAAAGAAUUUGGGUUUAACCAGGAAGAGAUUGGUGAGCUGUACUCAGAGGGAAUCAUUGAAAGUAGUAAGACAAAAUGCAAACUCUGACUUCUAGCCUCACAGCUCCAGUGAAUUUGGGUGUUUUCACAAUGGAGAAUAAUUCAGAAAGUGGGAUACAUGGAAAUGUGAAAGAACAGCAAUGAAGUGAUCUAACUAUCCUAAUCAUGAAACAACUAAUGGCUGAUUACACAGUAAUUGCAUUCUGAAAAUGAUUAUCACUAGAGAAUCUGAUUGAGGAAUUUUUUAUCUUUUGGCAGUAUUUUUUGUUUUCCAGUUAACUUG